ACGCACGAGCAGAACCGUGCGGAGCGGGACCAAACCAGGACUAAACCAGGACUAAACCAGGACUACACCAGGUCCAGACCAGGUCCAGACCAAGUCUAAACCGGGACUACACGAGGACUCCACCCGGACUAAACCCGGACUUGCCCCGGACUUGCCCCGGAGCGGAUCAGGGGCCGCGGAGCCGCAGAGCCGCCCCGGGGAGCGCGCGUGAGGAGCGGGCCGCGCGCGGGGCCAGGCCGCGCGGGGAGCACCUGUUUGCGGCUGCGGGCUGCGGGAUGUGGCGCUGAGGCUCCGGAGCUCGCGGGACGAUGGGAGGUUUGGGCCUCGCGCUGCUCGGAGCUCUGCACAUCGUGUCGCUGGUGCAGACGGCGGUGGGGGCGGGGCACUGUGACUCGGUCUUCAGAGGAUUCUCCGACUGUCUCCUGAAGCUCGGGGACAACAUGGCCAACUACCCCCAAGACCUGGACGACCGACAGAACCUGCACCGCAUCUGCUCGUACUGGGAUAACUUCCACGCGUGCGCGGCGACCGCUCUCACCGACUGCCAGGAGGGGGCGACGGAGAUGUGGGAGAAGCUGAAGAAGGAGUCGAGGAACCUGGACUUCCGCGGGAGUCUGUUUGAACUGUGCGCCGGGGGCAACGGGGCGGGGCGUCACCACGGCAACGCACCCCUGCUCGCCGCCGCCGCCGCCCUCCUCGCCGCCCUCCUCGCCGUGCUGCUCGUCUGAACCGCCGGGAGACGCUCCGCUGGAGGAAACGGGACCUCACCCGGACCUCAC